AUGGUUUUAAGUAAAUGUGCUGUGUGUAAGAAGAAUAUUACGAAAAAGGCGCCAGGAUUAGAGUGCAGUAGAUGCAACAAAACAGUCCAUGCUGACUCAGCCUGCGCAAAGUUGUCCAACAAGCAGCUGAACACCCUACGCAACUCUACAGGUAUAGAAUGGAGCUGUGAAGACUGCAUGCUAAACUUGUCACGUAGGUCAUCUUUUCUCGUUCCCGAUGACGAAGGCGAAGAGGAUUCUGAUUCUGACCACGUCGUUAAUGCGAAGGCCACUUUUGACCCUCGCAAACUGGCACAAGACAUAUCGCGAGAACUAAAGAAAACCUUUCGCGAAGAGAUAAGUGGCCUACAGUCCUCACUACAAUUCCUAAGUGAGCAAAUAGAUUCUAUGGAAAAGUCCGUUAAACACCAAGACACUCGAAUCAAAGAACUUGAAAAUAAAAACAAAGACCUUCACAACAAAAACAAGAACUUGGAACUCCGAGUUGCUGUACUAGAACAGGAUAUAAAACAAAUUGAACAGAAUACGCUCUCGUUAACACUAGAAGUAGCCGGCUUACCUGAAAUUUCACCACCCGAUGUUCCUGAUGUACUAGCAACUGUUGGCACAAAACUUGAAUUAGAUGUUCAAGACAUUCAGUUCUCGUAUCGAAUCCCCGGCAACAAAGACAAACCCUGUACAAUCGUUGCCGAAAUGAAAUCGAAGAACGCACGAAAUCAAUGGAUCGCUGCUAGCAAAAAAAAGAACAUGACGGUGGGACAAAUAUUCCAAGACGUCGCCGAAGACAGAGCUCAUAAACGUAUCUACAUUAGAGAAGCACUCUCAAAGCAUUUCAAGACUCUUCUAUACAAUACUAAGCAACAACUACGUGAAUCAUUUCAGUAUAUAUGGUGUAAAGACGGAAAAAAAGCCACAACUGAUAAAAUACAGAAAAUUAUUAAAAACCUUGACUCCAAUAAAGCUCCUGGCGACGACGCUAUUAAAGUCUCAGAUCUAAAAGUAAUUAAUAAAGAAAUAUCAGUAGCAGUAGCGAACCUUGUUAACAUUAGUGUUAGAACAGCAGUGAUGCGGCCCUCACGUAAUUUGCCCUCGCACAGCAGGAAAUCUGUAGUGAAUGUAUACGGUCGCCUGUCAGCCUCACCGCCUGAUGGGAAGCGUAUGAACUUCUGCACAGAUUUCGAAAAAUCCAUCGUCAUCAACAGCUUCAAGCAACGAGGAUGGAGACAAGUGUCACCUGAAGAAGACUGGCACGUGUACUGGGCUAAUACGGGGAACUGCCGCAGCAUAUUCAGCAUCGAGAGUGGCCUUCGACUCGGCGACAAUCAAUUAAUCAACCAUUUCCCAACACACUACGAACUAGUACGUAAAGAUUUACUCGUAAAAAAUAUAAAGAGAUACAGAAAAGAAUUGGAAAAAGACUGUAAUCCCCUUGCGGAAAAAACCGAAGUGAAACUCCCGAGCGGGCAAGUCAUCACUCGCUAUUUAUAUUUAGAUUUCAUUCCGGUAACGUUCGUGCUGCCUUCCGACUACAACAUGUUUGUAGAGGAGUACCGAAAAUUUCCUCAAACAACCUGGAUUUUGAAGCCCUGCGGCAAAUCUCAAGGAGCCGGUAUAUUUCUCAUAAAUAAACUGUCGAAACUGAAAAAAUGGUCCCGGGAAUCCAAGAAAUACUUACAGCAUCAUCUCACAAGCAAAGAUACUUAUGUCAUAUCACGCUAUAUAGAUAAUCCGCUUCUUAUCGGAGGGAAGAAAUUCGAUUUAAGGAUUUACGUCCUCGUUACGUCGUUUCGUCCUUUAAAAGCUUACAUGUUUCGGAAUGGAUUUUGUAGAUUUUGCACAAUGAAAUACGACACGAGCGUCACGGAGCUCGAUAACAUGUAUGUUCACCUAACGAACGUCAGCGUACAAAAACAUGGCGGUGACUACAAUAGCCAGCACGGCGGUAAGCUCGGUAUUCAUAACCUAAAACUAUAUUUAGAAGGAACUCGGGGUCGAGAAGUGACCGAGCGGCUGUUUGAGAACAUACAGUGGCUGAUAGUGCACUCGUUAAAAGCUGUGGCCCACGUUAUGUCGAAUGACCGCCAUUGCUUCGAAUGUUACGGCUACGACAUAAUCAUAGACGAUAACUUAAAGCCGUGGCUUAUAGAGGUGAACGCCUCCCCUUCGAUGACGGCCACCACGGUUAACGACAGGAUACUCAAGUACAAGCUCCUGGAUAAUGUUUUAUCGGUAGUUCUGCCCCCGGACGGAAUUCCGGACGCACGAUGGAGCAAAACGCCUACUGCAGAGGCUUUAGGGGAUUUCCAAAUUCUCAUUGACGAAGAUUCUAUGUACAAGGCAGAGACGGACGCUUUACAACGUGAGAAGAGCAGUCGCAAAUACUAA